AAAAACAGAAGAUCAAAAUCGUGAAUGCACUAGCCACAGCAGCCACUUGUUAUCCACCGCAAGUGGUUAAGCACGUGAUUUCUAGGGUUGGCCAGGAAAGUGCGAUUGGCGCACCCUCCCCACUCCACAGAUCAAUCACCAAACACGCACCUCACCAACGCGAAGGUCUUUCGUUCAAACAAUCAGCUAUCUACUAACCGCAGGUUGUUUGAGAGGACGGAAGUCAUACCACAGUCAAGAUGCCUUCAGAAGCCGGUCACCGACUAUACGUCAAGGGACGUCACCUGAGCUACCAGCGCUCUCGUCACACCACCCGCCCUGCUACCAGCCUGAUCAAGAUUGAGGGUGUUGAUGACACCAACGCCGCCAACUUCUAUCUCGGCAAGAAGGUUGCUUUCGUCUACCGGGGCCAGAAGGAGAUCCGCGGCACCAAGAUCCGCGUGAUCUGGGGCAAGGUCACCCGACCACACGGAAACUCCGGCGUGGUCCGCGCCAAGUUCACCUCCCCCCUUCCCACCAAGUCUUUCGGUGCUUCCGUUCGUGUCAUGUUGUACCCUUCGUCGAUAUAAAAAAAGGGCUUCGGGCUGGAGUUGGUAGUGAGGGCGGUUCUCAUUUGGCUGCAUUGGUCGAGGCAAGGAUAAAACAUACGGCCUUGCUUUGAGGCAUUGAAUUCAAAAAAGACGUCAAAUCCCAACCCCCGAAAAGGCUCUGCACACCUGAGCACCUUCGUCUUGAUGAUAUAACUUCAUUCCCCUUUCAUGAAACGGUUGGCGGAACUCGAUCUCGCCCAGGGCAGUCCACUGGGAGGGGCUUCAGCGAUGGAAUACUUUUUGGUGGUUGGGAUUCGGGACCGGUGUUCGACUACGGUCGUGAAUAGGGUAUAAGCGAAUCAUUGAUGAAUGCCAGGUCCAGGGCCUCUAUUACGGCUGUACACAGCGUUCCUGAAAGCUGGAUUGUGAUUUGACUCGUGCGGGGAAGUUUUGAGCCAUGGUCGGCGUCUUAUGAUGAAUCGGAAACUGCUUUUGAAAACAACACUUCACAACAACCUUUGAUGGCUCAACUCGUUCCACAUCCAACGGCUACAGACUCGGAUACCAGCGUCGGGUUGCCUCCAUGUGUCCUAUGUUAUGUGAUACGCUACCGUAUUGUUCGUAAUAUGCCAUAACUUUGUGACCGCAUUCCACUUGCCUACUGCUUCUACCCACCUGCUAACCAUGGUCACAUUGUAUAUCUACGUGAAACAGCAGAGGCCCAUGAUCCAGAUGCUUCCGCCAGAUGCUUCCGCCAGAUGUGGCUCGGCCAAUGUAAUAACGGUAAACUCGGAAACCCAC